CCAUUGCUCGGCGCCGGUGGGCCGAGACUCGUUUCGGCGGCGGCGGAGUUCGUUCCAUUUGGCGAUCACCCUGUCACCCGAGUCUGCCCCCGGCCGCUGCCAAAGCACCUGGGCCGGGUACCGCAGAGUCAGGGGCGAGGACGAGCCCAUCCGGCGCGAACCCUUCCGGCUGCCCGUCGGCAGGUGGAGGCUGUCGGUCUCCCCGGCUGCCCAUUCAGCGGUCGGAGGAGCCGGAGGCGCCGGAUCCCUGCAGUUUCAAGGCGGCGGGACGGCACCGAGCUAACCUGGCUUCGCUCUUGCCGGCCGCAGACCCGGGCGGUUGUCCGACUCGGUCCCGUGUCGUGGCGGGGGCUGGAGAUGGGGAAGCGCAGGCCUCGGUCGGCUCGGACCGACCCCGCGUGGGGGCUGCGGGGAGGCCGCUUCCCUCGCGGCGCCUUCGCUCCCAGCGUCCCUCGCGUCCCGCCGCCGCCGGCCAGGCCCGCAGCGCUGAGCGCGGGGACCGCCAGGGUCCGCACGGCCUCCGUCUGGGUCCCACCUCUCCAGGAACCAGACGGUUCAUGUGACAGGGUCAGAAAGCUCCAGGUUCAGGCAUCCGUCCUUGGCCAAGGGACCCCUGACCCGAAGCCUCUCCCUGGAGCGUCCCAGCAGAGGCAGAAGAGCCCCUGGACAGACCAGGCCCUAGAGUGGCUGUUUGUCUCCCAGGAGCAGCUAAAAGUCACCAAGUCCUGGGGACCACUGUCAUUCAUGGAUGUGUUUGUGGGUUUUACCUUGGAGGAGUGGCGGCUGCUGGACCCAGCGCAGAAGCGCCUGUACAGGAGUGUGAUGCUGGAGAACUACAGCAACCUGGUGGCCCUAGGGUAUCAACACACCAAACCCAACAUUAUCUUCCAGUUGGAAGGAGGAGAAGAGUGGUGGAUGGUGCAGGCCCAAAUCCCAGGUCAGGGCCAUCCAGAUAAAGUCUGGGAAAUUGAUGAUCACAUCAAAUGGCAUCAGGAAAACCAAGGCAAUCUGGGAAGUAUAGCAAAAAGCUGUGAGUGCACUGCAUUUGGAAAACUAUGUUUUCUUGGUACAAAUUAUGUUUCGUCAAGGCAGAAACCUCAGACAUGUGGCAUACAUGGAAAGAGUUUGAAAUAUGAUACAGAUUUCACUAGUAAUUAUGCUGGAAAGAAUCCUAAUACAUUUCAUGUACAUCAGGAAUCAUUCCUCCAUUCUAAACAUGAGCAAACUGUUAUUGGAAUAAAAUACUGUGAAAGUAAUGAAUCUGAAAAAGCUGUCAAUAAGAAGUCACAACUUAUGUGCCGAAAAACAUAUAUGGGAGAAAAACCCCUUGAGUGUAGUUACUGUGAGAAAGCCUUCAACAGUGAGUCAUACCUUAUAGUACAUCAGCGAACUCAUGCAGAAAAGAAACCCUAUGAAUGCAAUGAAUGUGGGAAAGACUUCAGCAGUAAAUCAUACCUCAUGGUACAUCAGAGAAUUCAUACAGGAGAGAAACCUCAUGAAUGCAGUGAAUGUGGGAAAACAUUCAGUUUCAAUUCACAACUUGUUAUACAUCAGAGAAUUCACACAGGUAAAAAUCCCUAUCAAUGCUGUGAAUGUAGGAAAUUCUUUAGUAGGAAAGACCAGCUUAUUUCACACCAGAGAAUUCAUUCAGGACAUAAACCCUAUGGUUGUAAUGAAUGUGGCAAAGCUUUUGGUUUGAAAUCGCAGCUCAUUAUACAUGAAAGAAUUCAUACAGGAGAGAAACCAUAUGAAUGCAGUGAAUGUCAGAAAGCCUUUAAUACAAAGUCAAACCUUAUGGUACACCAGAGAACCCAUACAGGGGAAAAACCCUAUGGUUGCAGUGAAUGUGGCAAAGCCUUUACAUUCAAAUCACAACUUAUUGUACAUCAGGGCACUCACACAGGAGUCAAGCCCUAUGGGUGCAUUCAGUGUGGGAAGGCAUUCAGUUUGAAGUCACAGCUCGUUGUACAUCAGAGAAGUCACACAGGAAUGAAGCCUUACAUCUGCAGUGAAUGCGACAAAGCCUUCCGAAGCAAGUCAUACCUCAUUAUACAUAUGAGGACACACACUGGAGAGAAACUCCAUGAAUGCAAUGAUUGUGGAAAAGCCUUCAGUUUUAAUUCACAACUCAUUAUACAUCAGAGGAUUCACACAGGAGAGAGCCCAUAUAAAUGCCACGAAUGUGGAAAAACCUUCAGUCGGAAAUACCAGCUUAUUUCACACCUUAGAACUCAUGCAGGAGAGAAGCCCCAUAAGUGCAGUGACUGUGGAAAAGGUUUUGGCUUAAAGUCACAGCUUAUUACACACCAGAGGACUCAUACAGGAGAGAAACCCUUUGAAUGUAGUGACUGUCAGAAAGCCUUUAAUACAAAGUCAAACCUUAUUGUACAUCAGAGAACCCAUACAGGAGAGAAACCCUAUGGUUGUAGUGAAUGUGGAAAAGCCUUUACGUUCAAGUCACAGCUCAUUGUACAUCAGGGCAUUCACACUGGAGUAAAACCUUACGGAUGCAAUCAAUGUGAAAAAGCCUUUAGUUUGAAGUCACAGCUCAUUGUACACCAGAGAAGUCAUACAGGAGUAAAACCGUAUGGAUGCAGUGAGUGUGGGAAGGCCUUCAGGAGCAAAUCCUACCUUAUUAUACAUAUAAGAACUCAUACAGGAGAGAAACCCCAUGAAUGCAGUGAAUGUGGGAAAUCAUUUAGUUUCAAUUCACAACUCAUUGUACAUCAGAGAAUUCACACAGGUGAAAAUCCCUAUGGGUGCAGUGAGUGUGGGAAAGCUUUUAAUAGGAAAGAUCAGCUUAUUUCACAUCAGCGAACUCAUGCCGGGGAAAAACCUUACAGGUGCAGUGAAUGUAGGAAAGCCUUUAGCAGCAAGUCAUACCUCAUAAUACACAUGAGAACCCAUUCAGGGGAGAAACCAUAUGAAUGUAGUGAAUGUGGGAAAGCUUUCAUUUGGAAGUCACUACUCAUUGUACAUGAGCGAACUCAUGCGGGGGAAAAUCUUUAUAAAUGUGGUCAGUGUGAGAAAUCCUUCCGUGGGAAAUUACGGCUCAUUGUACACCAGCGAAUGCACACAAGGGAGAAACCUUAUGAAUGCAGUGAAUGUGGAAAAGCCUUCAUUAGGAAAUCUCAGCUCAGUGUACACCAGAGAACUCAUUCAGGAGAGAAACCCUAUGGAUGCAAUGAAUGUGGAAAAACCUUCUCUCAGAAAUCAAUUCUCAGUGCACAUCAGAGGACACAUACAGGAGAGAAACCUUGUAAAUGUCCUGAUUGUGAGAAAGCCUUUUGUUGGAAGUCACAGCUCAUUAUGCAUCAGAGAACUCAUGUAGAUGACAAGCAUGUUGAUGAGUUAAAUGUGUGAAACUUUUCUCUCAAAAGUCAGUUCCCAGAAUUUACCAACAAAAUCAUAUGGAAGAGAAACUCUGUCAAUGGAAAUGUCUUAUCCUCUAGAAAACUCAUACCAAACAGAAACUUAGUGAAUACACAGCACAGGCAAAGGCAUCCAUAGAAAGCUGUUCUUUACAUGCAAAAAGAUAUUAUAAAAUAUACAUGGGAAUCCUGUGAAUUUAGCAAACCCUUUGAAAAUUUUCAGCAUCAACUGAUACCCUUUUAAGCAGUUUAUACAGGUGAAGAACCAUAGAAAUGAAAUAGAUGUUGGGAAGUCAUUAAUAUAUGGUAACAUUCACAAAAAGGAAACUUCAUGAAGCAAAUGGAAAUAGAAUAGACUCCUUUGAAAUUCAUAGUUUGUUAAACAGCAUUUUAAAGAGAGAAAUUACAGAACCAAUGAAUGGCAGAAUUAUGAAAACUACAAACAUUUUAGGUAUCAGAAGUUCAUAUCUGUUAGGAAUCAUGCUGUAAGGGAAGUUUUCAUCUAAAAAUGACAAAAGCCCUAGCAAAAAAAUAGUAAUAUAGGAAGGAAGAUCUAUUAUGUGUCAAGUAAGGUUAAGCCUCGGCAGGAAUGUUUGCCUCAUCGUAUAUCAGGUUUCAUUUUAAAAAUACCUAUUAUUUUAAUUUGGAGAAAUGUCUUAUAGAAAUUAUUUCAGGAAAUUAUGUUGC